GCUUUCAAGAACAAUUACAUACUGUGAAUGUGAGAAGUCCAUAAGGCUAAACGGAAUAAAGAGUUAAGCGCUGUGGACCGAGAACAAGAAUUACUAGGCGGUCCCAAUUCGGGCCGCUUGGGCGUGACCAGAACCUCACUCGAGGCCCUCUGCGCAUUGCGCCUUAAGCAAGACACUGAUUGUUUCUGCCAUACCGGUGUUUUGUUUCUCGGACAGUGUAGAUUACACAGGAAGUGAACCCCGCUGAACCCUAAGAUCUGUCCUUCUCUAGGAGCCGGUGGUAGACAUGAGAACCAUUCGCGAAACCCUUCUUUCUGUCAAGGGAGAAAAUGAAACCUCCAUCCAGCCGAUUUUGAAGGCUCUCUCCGCGCUCGGCUUCCAUGAGCAUGACCAGGCCGGUAAGGCCUUCAGCCUGCUAAAAGCAGAAAGAGCGGCAGGCCUCAAUGUUCGGCAGCAGUUGGCGCUAACAGCUGCCAUUCAAGCUGUGGCGGCUAGCCUGGGCGACGCGGGGAGCGCGACAACAGCUGGUGGCGUUGGAGGUGGCGGCACGGCGGCUCUGGAGAAGGGCGCCAGCGGCGGACAAGGGCUGCUGUCUCUGGCAGUGGGCGGCCCACUCCUGCUGCUGGUGCUGGUGGUUGAUCGCGGUGUGGGCAGGUUUAGCGAGGCCGUGGAGUGCGUGAAGGCGUUCAUAGCGCACAACGACCCGCAGCUGGCGGUCACUUAUAAAACCAUCCGCGGACUCGGGUUCGUGGGUAGCAUUGGCAUGGGCGCGGCGGCGGCGGUUGGCGUGUGCCUCAAGCGCCUGAACGUGCGCCCUGGCCGGCCCCGCGUGCUGCGCCCGGUGCACCCUAAGCUGGACACGACAGGCUCGGGGCAGGGCCCGGAGCAGCACUCAAGCCUGGCUCCUGCAUCGCCCGCAAUGUCAGACUCCGGCGCUUGAAGUGCUGGCACAAGCGCCCGCCACCGGACCAAGUAGAUGUGUCUCAAGACCAGUAGCUGCGGACUGUACGGCGGCGCGCAUGAGGUAUUAGGGCGUUCGGGCGCAGCAGGGGAGCACGGAGAUUGAGGCAGACAAUGAGGUAGAUGAGGUGGCCGGGGCCAGAGCAUGGUGUCGUACAUCCCAGUGGCGCAUGGCAAAGCAUACACGUUUGCGGCGCAUGCCUACAAUAGCAGCUGCCAACUCGUUGUUGUUUGGCAAAAAUUCGCACAUAUAUGACAGCUGGCCUAGUUGAGGAAGGGGCUGGCAACACUAUCAAAAUGCGCAGAACCGGCACGGGUCGUAGCUGGGCUAUUGGCCAUAUCACCGCAACAACUGUCUGACAUGCGCCAUGAUGGUUAUGGUACAAGAGUGCUCCCGGGCGUUAUGUUAAGUUGCAUGUCCCAACACGGUCAAAAGUUGGUCCCCGUGUGUCCCAUUCGCACCAGUGUUGGCCGACACCGGCGCUAGUGGGGACGGCCAAGAGAUAGCUGGGUAGCAGCUGCUUAAUGCUGCGGCUGCUUGUGGCGGAAGCAGGCUUAGGCAGGCUUUGCCCGGGAAGGUUGCCCAUCCUUCCGGCCGUUUGGACUAAGUUAUCACGCACGCGGAUCGAGGAUGGUGAGUUGAGUCGACACAGAUUGAUAACAGUCUGUAAGCUUGCGCUAGC